UUAUUUAAAUGUUUCUAAGGCAUGUCUCUAUUACUGAGAGAAGAAUUCCUUCCUUCUGAUUAAUAAUUAUUUUCAUUGGAGACACUCAAAGACUCUUGGAUGGAUUCUCCUUCUCAGAUGUUAGAUGGCUCAAGCUGGUCCAUGCUUCCUUCAGAUCUGAUAAUCAUGGUUUUUGAACGUCUUGGGUUCGCAGAUUUUCAGCGAGCAAAAUCAGUUUGUCAAUCUUGGCUAUAUGCUUCAAGGGAAUCAGCACCAAGCAAUCAAGUCCCUUGGCUGAUUAUUUUCCCAGAGAAAGGUAAAAACUAUUGUCUUUUGUUUAAUCCCGAGGAAAAAGAGAAGAAGUAUAGAAUUAAAGAUCUGGUUCACAACUUUUCAAAUAGUCACUGUUUGGCUACAUGUGGUAGUUGGUUUUUUAUGCGAGAUCCUCUAUAUAAUGUCUACAUUAUGAAUUUAUUCACCCGUGAGAGAAUUGAUCUUCCGUCUCUGGAGUCUAAGUUUAGUAAGAUAGAGAUUGAGCGUACCAUAGAUGAUAUGUUCCAUAUAAAAAUUGAUGGUGAAUAUACUGGAUAUCCUGAAAAGGACAUAGAUAUUACAUUCCCUUUACUAUGGAUUGAUGAAAAAACCAAAGAUUUUGUGGUUAUAUGGUUUUUCUAUUACCGAAGAUAUCGAUAUAUAGUUUAUUCUAGAAAAGGAGAUCAUCUUUGGAACCAUGCUCAUUACUGCAGUGAAGGCUCGAUAGUUGUUGACAUGGUAUACAAAGAUCAUAAGAUUUAUUUGUAUACCGGCUCUCGUGAUGUCCAAGUCUUGGAUUUUUCUACAGAUAUUCCGCGAAUAAUUUUUGAAACACAAGUUAACUAUGUUAGGUGUGGGUCUAAGGGAAUCCCACGCCGCGUUUACCCAGAGCUUGGUGAUGUGUGGAAGAUGAAAGAAAAACAUCUUGUAGUCACGUUGACUGGAGAACCCCUCCUAGUUAAGAGCAUAUUAAGGAGUGAUUCUCAUCUUUGGACAUUUCGCAUCUACAAAAUGGAUUCUUCAAAUGCUAAGUGGGAGAAAAUUACUUGUUUGGGAGAUGAAGCAAUACUUUUAGAUCAAGGUACCACCGUGCUUGCUAAUGACAACAAAAAUAUCAAUAGAAAUUCAAUAUAUUUUAGUGGCUAUCGUUCUGGUUAUGACUCUGCUUGGAGUGAAAAUCAUAUAUUUAUCUUCAAUCUCGACACACACGAGGUUCAAAGACCACAUCAACAUAUUUUUCCCUCCAUUCAAUUAUGCGAUGCCCGAUGGUUUGUGCCAAAUUUCAAAUGAACAUGGCUGAUUUCAACUUUAUUGUAUCUUUCUAGUGUUUUUCUUUGAAUUCCAUAAACAUGUUAUUUUUGACAUGUGUUUCUUUUUUUUGGUCGAUUAAUAAAUUUUAAACAUUUGUUUUUA